GGGAACUUGGUGGACUUCGGCCGGACCCUGAACAAGAUGUGCUCCCCCAUCUGCCCGGGCCCCAGUGUGAACCUGGGUGUGGUGGCCGUGGGCACCCACUGCUGCCAGAGCUCCCUGUGCAACAUCAGCGCGGCCGGUGGCGGGCCAAGGGUCUGCACCGCCCUGCUGGGCCUAGGGCUCCUGCUCAGCCUGCUGGUGGCCCUGCUGCAGCCCAGCCUCUGACCGUGGGGCCCCUGCCCACCCCCCAGUUUCCUCUCACCGCCACCGUCCAGUCCCACUGCCCACUGUAGCUACCCCUCCCCCUGAAGAAGCAGCCACCCUCACUUCUAGGAAAGUGGGUGUCCUUCCUGAGGGGACUGGAAAGAGGACCUGUAGGUGCCCAGCGUCCCACCUCAGGGCUGGUCCCCUCUGAUGCUCGUGGGACGGUCCUACAGCCCAACACUUUUCACCCGCUGUGGGCUAGCCAGUGUGGAGUCUUAUUGUGCUUGGGGCUGGUGCAGGGGUGGACACCUGUGGGGGUGUAGAGGGUCAGGUACCCGCAGGUGUGCCCCUGUGGAGGAGUGAGUGGGGAGGGGAUGCCCCCCUCUCUGCCACCUCCCCCAUGGUUCAUUCGUGUUCAGGGACUGCCCACCUCUGCCCGCCGCACCCCCCCCCACCAGUGCACCCAAGUGCCCCCACCACACCCAAGCCCCCUUCCCCAUCCCCCCUGACACACACACACACCCCAUGCCUGAAAUAAAUACGUGCUUCCCUUGUC